AUGCAUAUGAGAGGAAAACUGGGCGAUUGUCGCUCCACGUCUCAUGAUACCCUGCGGAGUGGCAUGCCCUCACCGCGGGUCGCGCAUUUCGACGGCGAAGUUCCUCCCGCGCUCUCACCCCUCGAUGCAUUCGCUGCCCAAGGUCGCUUUCUGGCCCGCCAGCUUGACGAGUCGAGACGAGCAGACCGUCGCAUGAGCCGUUUGCCACCCUCGAGUGUUGCCCGAUCCCUUUCACAAGGCCGCCCGGGCUUCUCGCGGUCCAAAUCCUCCGCCGAUGCCGAAUCUCACACUGAGCUCACCCGCCAACCCACGCAGAAAGCUCUCCCCGAAUUCGAGGAACCCAAGUUCCGCCCUAUAUCCGAACAUCCUCGAUUCAGUUCCGUUUCCAAUGCUAGCACCGAGGCUAGUUUCCACCAAGAUGACGACAACACAACCCCCCGCACAACGAUGGUUGGGACCCCAGAAGAGGCAUAUGGGAUGCCGCGUACCGCAUCUCCAGAAGACGCGGUGUCGCUUCCAAGCGGAGCGCAGCCUCCCGUUGGCGUGGCUAUGGUUGAAGCUCGCGGCUCAUCCACUGACUCGCAGACCUCGAGACUGAAUAUCCCGCGCACACUUGCGCCUCCCGUUUCUCCUCGCUCACGACCAUCCAGCGCCACAAGACCUGCACACCCCGAGAGCUCUGAUGACGACUACAGCAGCUCGACUGGUGGCUCAACAUUCUCCAAGCCCAGGAAGUUGUCCUCUGCGAGCGCAGUGUCGCUACCAUACUCCCCUAAAUCGUGUUUCAACCCGCGCCCGCUCCCCCGAUCGCCAUCGAUGAGCUCGGAAACGUCGGCGAGCGGGGCGCAUCACCUCCCCCGGCCUUCAUUCAAUUUCUCCCGCCCGUUGAGUCGCUCAAGCACGAGCUUAUCCGCGCCUGGGACUUCAACCCCAACCGAGUCGUCCAUUACCCCUACACCAGCCCAGAUGCAACGGCGCAGCAAGCCGACACCACUGCUGCUACCACUUGGAACCGAACAAGCCGCUGCUACCGCCCCCAAUGGAGACGAACCAUCAUCUGCUGUAUCGUCAUAUACCUACGCAAGCUAUUCACUUCCCCGUGGACGCUUCCCAUCGAGAGAUUCAGUGGUAUUUGCAGGCCUACAGACGCCUCAUUUCGAAUGGGCUGAGCCGCUGUUUGAGAAAACUCCUCCGCGCCACUCAGAGGAACAGCUUCGGACGGCACGUACGCCAUCCCCAACUCCGCGUCGGGUGGAGCACUCUCCCAAGCCUCAUUCGAUGCAUGAGGUUCCAGCCUCCUGUCCUCAGACCCCUCCCCAACCACAAUUCCAACCCGAAACCCCCAAGUCCACCAAGUCCACGAAAUCGCUCCAACCCCCACCGAUCCCCUCAGCAGAGCCGCUCCCCCGGCGAUCGGCCGAAAGCGCCCGACAGAGCACCGAGAAAGAUGAAACCGUCUCAUCUGCAGACUCCGCCAGUACCGCGCGGCCGAAAACUGCGGUCACCCCAGUUAAGGUAUCGGGGCUGACUGCUGACGACCACGUUGCCAAGGGCAUCGAAUCCCACGAACGAGGCUCACUCAGCGAAUCCACCUACCAUCUGCGGGUUGCCGCGAAACAAGACCACCCAACGGGCAUGUUGCUGUAUGCGCUGGCUUGUCGACAUGGCUGGGGCAUGCGGUCAAAUGAAAAAGAGGGCGUACGUUGGUUACGCAAGGCUGUGGACUCCGUCGGAUUGGAAAUGCUCGCCAAUCCCGAUGCCCCUGGUGCCUCCAAGGCAAAGGAACUCCAGAAAGCAUACAGAGCGCAAUUUGCGCUCAGCAUCUACGAAUUGGGCGUGAGUUACCUUAACGGCUGGGGCAUUGAGCAAGACAAAUCGCUUGCGCUGCGCUGUUUCGAAAUUGCCGGCCAGUGGGGCGAUGUUGACGCAAUGGCUGAGGCUGGCUUCUGCUAUGCCGAGGGUGUUGGCUGUAAGAAGGAUAUGAAGAAAGCGGCGAGAUUCUACCGUCAGGCUGAGUCGAAAGGCAUGAGCAUGGUCGGGAAUUCUUGGAUCUACAAAGAUAAAUACAUGGCCGAGGCCGAGGCCAAAGAGUCACGCACUCGGGGAAGAAAUGCUGGCCGAAAUGCUAGCGGCGAGAAAGAGAAGAAGCCCCGGAGCAAAUCUCGGACUCGCAGCAUCUUCCAGCGCAAGAAAUCUAUCGUCCCGGAGGCAUAG